AACCAACAAUCCAUUUUCCCCUGAUGGUGUGCAUAUAGUCGCUGCAUGCCCUUAGUACCGCAGCACAUGCCAUUCACCAAACUAACUCACCAACCAUAACCUCCCGAACAACAAUAACAACCGCCACCACGAAAUCGCAAAUCCAAACCAUAAUUACGCCAACAAAGAAAGACUCAACCUCACAACCACUCAAAAUGUCGCCAUCCCUCCGCCGUCUAAUGAAAGAAGCCGCCGAGCUAUCCGCCUCCCCUUCCCCACACUUCCACGCUCAACCUGUCUCCGACUCGAACUUGUACGACUGGCACUUCACAAUCGCCGGCCCCCCGGCUCCCUCACCUUACGCCUCAGGAAUCUACCACGGCCGCAUAGUCCUACCCCCAACAUAUCCGCUCCGACCUCCGAGCUUCCGCUUCCUUACCCCCUCGGGCCGUUUUGAAGUCAAUCGAGAAAUUUGCCUCAGUAUCUCGGGGCACCAUGAGGAGACGUGGCAGCCUGCGUGGGGGAUUCGGACUGCGCUGCUGGCGAUCAGGAGCUUCAUGGACGGAGAUGCAAAGGGGCAGGUCGGUGGUUUGGAUGUCUCGGAGGAGGUGAGGAGGGAUUAUGCUCGCCGGAGCGGGGAUUGGUGCUGUGAGGUUUGUGGGAAGAGUAACGAGGCCAUUUUAGGGGAGUGGCGGGAUUAUUGCAAGGAGAACGGGGUGGAGGUUGGGGAUAUGGGGGAUGAGAGGGUUGUAUCUCCGGCAUCUAAGGAGGAGGGUGAGAAGAGUGAUACCGAUGCGACUCGACAGGAGGCACAGUCUGAGAAGAGAGUGCCGAAUGAGCCCGUGGCUGUAUCACAGGAGCCAGUGCAGCAACAGUCAGCUCCGGAAGGUGUUCAGGCUGCGUUUGCUCCUUCUCCUCCUUCUACGUCUAUUGCUACCUCCACUUCAGUACCAGGGCCGGAUGCGCAAACACCUUUGGCGGCGCCGGCGCCGCGUCAACCUGUUGCUCCGUAUCCUGCGCAGGCUGUUGCUUCACAGCAGUCUGAGGAUCCCUGGCUGGAUCGAGCUAUUAUCGGCGUAUUGGUUGCGCUGGUGUUUAUGAUUCUUAGAAGGAUGGCUUACUCGGAGGAUUAGCUCUGAUUCUGGUUUGCUUGGCUUUGGGUUACUACUGGUUUAUCUACGUUUGGAUUUCUGGAAGGUGUUGGGUUUAUUGAGCGGUUGGCGUUUGGAUGGAUAAAUGUAUUGCGUACUUUGGAGUGAUUCUACAAGACAGGUUGCUUGAUAUCAUCUCCAUUUUUGAAUUUAGCGGAUUUCAUGGAAUAUAAAACGGAUAUUUCAACAUCGAGAAACAUUUAUCCUC